AUGAGGGCUCAAUGGAAGGAUGUGACCAUUAGCAUAUCUGAUCAGAGGGCCAUGGGGCUGUUCCCCCUCACGCUGUCCUUGGACCAGGGGGAGAACCUGACUGUUCAUCAAUACCAGGUCACUUUACCCACACUGGCCCAGUCUGGUUGGUGACAGAGUCAGACGCUCAUUCAGCAGAAUUGAGUCCAAAUAGUUACUUUACAACACCAAUGCAAAUAUAGCCUAGCACCCUAGCCUGUUCAUGCCUUGGAGGUUUCGAACAAACACGACAAUUAAGAAGGCCUCAGUCACGCUAUGCGUGUUACAAGAAGCAGUUAAGGCUUGAGAGCGGAUGGAUUCAUCCAUGCAACCGGUUCUAGUGUUCCAGUGUUCCAGCAUUUACAUACGUGUUACUGUCUGGAUCCUUAGGGCUCAGUGACCUUUUGACACGUCAUUGGGUUUAUGAAAAAUAAUGGUGUUUAAGCCAUGAAAUAAAGGUUGAUAAAGCAUGAAGCCAAAACACAGAUUUAAUUAAUGCUAAGCAGGCAGCGUGUGCCGCGAUUGCCUCAGACGUCUCGAAGAGAGGAAGUUUGUGUAGCUUGUAGGGAUCGUUGGGGAAAUAAGGUCUGAGACACAUUUAGUGUUAAGUCAAACUAAUAGAUUUUGUAACCCUGAGGUACAAUAUUUAAAACUCGGCUUGCACAAGAACUAAAAAUGCAUUUUCAGUUAGACAGUAAACAAUUGAAAUAUAAGAUUGAAAAACAUAAGCUACAUUGUACCUUUUAGCGUUUAGGGUCAGGAUAUCUGCAAUUGCAGUGAGAGGGAGUGGAGGCUAGAUAUACCAUUCACCGUGAACAUGCCUUACUAUUGAUUUUACAGUGAAAUAUUUAAUACCGCAUGUCCUUCCUUUUCUCUCUGGGCCAUUUAGACUCCUAAGGUUACCGUUUGAAAAAUACUUUACUUGUUAUAGGAAGUUUAAUGUAAUAUGCAAUUGUUUGACCCUUAUGAAUAUUUUAACGGGCUCAUCUCUGGCCUAUUAAAAAUGCAUGUGGCAUUGUGCUUGUUGAUCACGUUUAGGACGCCCAUGCAAAUUGGACUGUCUUCCCUGUCAACGCAGAAGAUAAAUAAUGUAGCUGUGUUGUAUAUUCAGGGACACCAUUGACAGUCAAUUAACAAGUUUGAUUGGUGUGUGAACUCAUUCUUUUGAACUGUUAAUUUUAUGUAAAUAGUAUUCACUUCCCUUUUUCCCUUUUUCCUCCACUCUCAGGUUCGCCGUGAAAAGCCGAUCCCCCGUUAACCCCCUCCUUUCCACCAGCGCCAGUAGAAACCUGAGCUGGAGCCUUAAUAAUUGAUCAUCACCCACCUGCUUGGUGGAAGCUAUGGGGAGUUUGUCUUUAACAGUGAAGGGGGCAUGCGCUGGCCUCUUUUGAUAUUCAAAUCAACAAAUGGUAGCCCUCCUUUUUUGGAAGUCAAAAUGGGGAGCUUUUUUUAUGGCUUGUUACGAGGUCCUCGCCACCCGUCCGACCUUAUCAAGGCUCCUCAGAUGGAGGAGAUAUGAUGGCACUUGAUGGCUCAUAAAUGGAAUGCCAAUGACGAUUUGUUGUUGACGUCUCGAGCAACUCAGGCUUUUAUGUUACGCUGCAGACCAGACGUAGAUGUAUGGUUCGCGCUUCGACAGAUAGUGCUCGCAGGUAAAUUAUCCGGUGAUUGAUCCGACCGUUUUAAAGAAGGGAGGCCUCCACCCCUCCAUCCCCCUCCCCUCCUCUCCUCCCUUACGUCCGCUCUCUCGUCUCCUCCUCUGUCCCGGUAAUUUGGAGCAGCAGAGGCAGAUGCUGAAGAUUCAUCAAAGUUGACAAGUGAACCCAGGAGCUAGGAAUCAUGGGAAACCCAUAUGAUUAUGGAAAUGGCUGUGGCCAUAUCCCCCCUCUAGCAAAGAGCUUUAUGUUGUUCUGUUAUUAUCAAAUCCCAUUCUACAAACUGCUGAUUAUGUCAUGGUGAAAAAAAACUUUUGUGUGUGCUGCAGCAGUAUUUUAAAGAGCCAUCACACUGCCCUUGAAUGUCCAGUAGUAAUGCCCACUAUGGUACAUUGAUGUGUACUGAAAAUACAGUAUAACUCAAAACAUAUGCACCAUGUUAUCCUGCGUUCGUCCCAUAGCUUUGCAAUGCUUUUUAUCUGCAAAUAUUGCUCAUUGGUAAUUUGAUUAAGUAAUAAAGGCUACUUUUAUGUAAAAGCGAUUUCCCCUGUCUCAUUGAUGUGGACUAGAUAUCUCAGAUAAGCCUAGCAGGUGAUUGGACUAUAAUGCCUAGAACCUUGGGGCGUUGAGGGUUCGAUAAUUGGCCUCAUUUGCUACUAACAAAGUGAGCAAGGGUACUGACUCAGUGGAGGUGAAGAGGGGGUUGGGGCAAAGUGCUAAGCCUUUAGUAAUACCACUGGUCCACACUUAACCCUGGUAAUCUGGGGGAGAAAUACAAUACCCAUGUAUGUACGUAUGGUAAUCGGCUAAGGACCCUGCUCUCACGCCAUGUAUCAAUUGAUGUUGGUCUCCUUGAUCCCUCUGGAGGUCAGUGUCUUCACAGACCCUAAAGGUCCCUGCUUAGACCACCAAUUAACACCCUGUCACCAGCGGCUGUUGACUAGAAAGUGGCGUGGUGGCCACACUUUGGUAUCCUAAUGUAGCAGGGUGAUGGGUGUCCAGGGACCUGACCUCUCCACUGGUCUCAUUGGUCCCCACGCGUCCUUCUGCAUUAAUCGCAUGGAUUUCUUUGAGCUUUAAAGUAUUGAGUUUAGGAACUUUGUCGUCUAACAGGCCGUUUAUCUGGGAAUCUCAGCUUAUUAUCGCGUGGUUAAUUAUGCUCAUGAAUAAGACAGCACAGACAGACCCCCGUUUGAACGUAUCUGCUCUCACGCAUGCUAAGGCACCUGCUUAUCUUCCUGGUGUGAAAUAUGUAUUAUUGGUGAUAUGAUAUAUCGUGAAAAAAUAUGGAACUUGUUAAUUGAUACGCUAAUCAAACAUAUGCUGGUAAUUUAUGUUAAUUUGGGAUGUUACACCUCACUGAUGUAUGCACUGUGUUCUUAUGACAGGACUCAGGUAGAGUUAAGUUAGUUUGAUUAGGAAAUGAACAGCACUUCUUUGUAGUUAGAAAAUGUUUUUGUUUGUCUGUUUUCACAUCCAAGUUGUAUCAGGUCUAUGUGUUUGCAGUUUGCACUCUAUAGCUUUACAAAAUAAUAUAUUUUUCCAUUGUAGUCCUCCAUGAGGUGUGUAUAUGUUUGGAAAUGAAAUAAAUACGUUGGCCUCAGUUCUAUAUCGAACAGCCCAACGUCUACACCAGCCAUUUGUCCAUUUGAGAGAAUGACUGCAUUUAUCAUCUUUGACCAGUAGCCAGUUCUGUGGGAGUAUGUAAUUGAGUUUCAAGCGAUGGAUUGAUUUUGAGGAGAGAUUUAUUCUCUGAAACCAGGAGUGUGUACACAGGCCACAUGGCCAAGCAGAAGCACAACCAUUCUAUAGGGCAACUGAGAGGGAAAACAUGAACCCCUGGAAAGAGCUUUGUUUGGCCGCUGCCAGGAUAUAUGAGACUGAUGUCAGGGUUUAUAAUGUGAAUGGAUAUGAACAACCAUCCAGAGUAUGAGUAUAAGUUCCUGUUUAAUCACAUAUAUGGCUCAAUUCCAUUGGAAGAACCAGGAGGAACCAGAAUGAAUGGGAACUAGGGAGAACCAGGCACAGGGUUCCAUAGUUACACCAAGAAAUAGGCUAGCAUCAGCUCAACUAACGUGUGAUUGUGUGGUACCUGUGCCCCUCUACAGGUGGAUGAGGCAGUGUUCUGUGCAGGCCAGAUCGCCCUGGUGCCUUGUACCAUGCAGCUGGUGAGGGCUGGAGCCAGGACCCAAGCCUGCCUGUCCUUCAGCCAUGUAGAGAAGGUUCUGGAAGCAGUGAUCAGCAGCCUUACCCUGGGCCAUGUGCUGCAGGCCCACUGCUACGCCACCCGCAGCCAAGACAUCCCUGUCAUUAGAGCAGUCUGGGACAGCAAGCUGAGAGCCGCACAAGAGAAGGUGAGCUAUUUUAUCAACUAUUUAUCCUUUGUAUAAGUCCUUUGUAUAUUUAUCCUUUUGUGAAUAUGAUCAAUAGCAUAAAUAAAUGGUAUUAACCUCUACUCACACAGAGUAGGCAAAAAAAUAGCAUCUGUGUGUGCUUCCAUCUCCGUUUGAAUAAGGGAGAAAAUGUGAUAAAGAAUUCAAGCCUGCAUGCCUAAUAUGACUAUCAGAAUUUAAUGGGCAAAAGUGGAAUUUCCAAAUGAGCCAAAGUCCCACCCUCUCUCCCCCUUCAGAGACCCAGAGCUCUGUUGCUGAUAUUUACCAGUGAGUAUGCUCAUGAAAAGUUGAUGAUGUGGGAAACACUGGUGUCUUUGAUAAUAUGGAGCUUGGCACAGAAGCAGAUGUCUUCCUUUAGAGCCUCCCUAAUCCUUUAUCCCCCUUUUGGAGUUAGGCUGAACUAUCUGAACAGCUUAUCCCCCCUCCACUCCACUCCAUGCUCCGCCCCAAACCCCUCUCCCCUGCCACAAACUCUCUUCCACUCCACAAACCCUCUUCCACUCCACAAACCCUCUUCCACUCCACAAACCCUCUUCCACUCCACAAACCCUCUUCCACAUGGCUAAGGGCACCAGGCUCCCCAGCCAGGCCUGCUCCUCCUGCGGUAAUCUGCCAGGCCUGGGGAAUAAGGGAGAAGGGGAGAAGGGAAGAGCCCACCUCCAACAUGUGGCUCAGACUCUGUGGUGGGAAGUGCAGUGGGGGAACUCACUAAAAGUGCAAAUCAGGGACUUUCUAAAAUGUGCAAAGUGGGGACUCGCUCACUUGCAGGACUUGCCUUCAUGAUAGAGAUAGCAGACUAGUGUCACGCCCUGGCUCUGGGGACUCUUAUAUGUUGAGCCAGGGUGUGGAUUUUCUAUGUUUUGUUUUCUAUGUUUUUGUUUCUAGAUCGUGUUGAUCUAUGUUGGCCAGGGUGGUUCCCAAUCAGAGACAGCUGUAGCUCGUUGUCUCUGAUUGGGGACCAUACUUAGGCAGCCUGUUUUGGACUAGUUAUUUGUGGGAUCUUGUUCCGUAUGGUUUGUUGUAUUACCUAGGACUUCACGUAUCGUUUUGUUUAUUGUUUUUGUUCAUGUUGUGUACACUUAAAUAAAGUAUGUACGCCUAUCACGCUACGCCUUGGUCCGCUUCACAUAAUGAUUGUGACAGAAGAUCCCACCUCGACUGGAUCAAGCAGCGUGACGAGGAGAGAGGAUGGACUUGGGAGGAGAGGAGAGAGAGUCUGGCGAGAGGGAUGGAGGCUAUGAUCAUGGGGGAGAGACAAGCCCAAUAAUUUUUUAGGGGGGGGCUCACGCCGUGGACGACGAGGCAGCAGGAGGCCGCGAUAGAGCGGUUCAGCCGGUUAGCAGAGGAGGCCACCAGGUUACGGGGGCUAUUGGUCAUGAGGGAGAGGGAGAGUGUAGAGGCACGGCGAGAGGAACUGGUUAGGCAGCAGAGGGAGCGGAGGUUUAGAAGGAAACGCAGUCCCGCUCCUCGCACCAAGCAAGUGGUGUGUGUCACCAGUCCGGUCCGGCCCGUUCCUGAUUCCCGCACAAGGCCAGUGGUGUGUGUUCCCAGUACGGUCCGGCCCAUUCCUGCUCCCCGCACUAAGCCUGUGGUGCGCGUCGCCAGCCCGGUCCGGCCUGUUCCUGCUCCCCGCACCAAGCCAGUGGUGCGCGUCGUCAGCCCGGUCCGGCCCGUUCCUGCUCCCCGCACCAAGCCAGUGGUGCGCGUCGCCAGCCCGGUCCGGCCCGUUCCUGCUCCCCGCACCAAGCCUGUGGUGCGCGUCGUCAGUCCGGCACGGUCCGUGCCUGUUCCACCGGUGCCUGGUCCGGCACCGGUCAGCUGCUCCACACCGGAGCCAGAGCAAUCCGCUCCACCGGUGUCCAGUCCAGCUCCGGCCAGCGGGGCCAGACCAGACCAGGGGCGCUAUGGGGGGGUAGACAGAGAGUGGUGGUCACGCCCGGAGCCGGAUCCGCCUCCGAGGCGGAAUGCCCACCCGGCCCCUACCCCGUUGUGUUGGUGUGGCGCGGUCGCAGUCCACGCCUUUGGGGGGGGGGGUACUGUCACGCCCUGGCUCUGGGGACUCUUAUAUGUUGAGCCAGGGUGUGGAUUUUCUAUGUUUUGUUUUCUAUGUUUUUGUUUCUAGAUCGUGUUGAUCUAUGUUGGCCAGGGUUGUUCCCAAUCAGAGACAGCUGUAGUUCGUUGUCUCUGAUUGGGGACCAUACUUAGGCAGCCUGUUUUGGACUAGUUAUUUGUGGGAUCUUGUUCCGUAUGGUUUGUUGUAUUACCUAGGACUUCACGUAUCGUUUUGUUUAUUGUUUUUGUUCGUGUUGUGUACACUUAAAUAAAGUAUGUACGCCUAUCACACUACGCCUUGGUCCGCUUCACAUAACGAUCGUGACAACUAGAUAUCCAACUAGAGUAACUAGAGUAUACAAAACAUUAACAACACCUGCUCUUUCCAUGACAUAGACUGACCAGGUGGAGAAAAAACAUCUAAUCAAAUCAAAUAAAUUUUUAUUGGCCACAUGCGCCGUAUACAACAGGUGCAGACAUUACAGUGAAAUGCUUACUUACAGCCCUUAACCAACAGUGCAUUUAUUUUUAAUAAAAAAGUAAAAUAAAACAACAACAAAAAAGUGUUGAGAAAAAAAGAGCAGAAGUAAAAUAAAAUAAUAGUAGGGAGGCUAUAUAUACAGGGGGGUACCGGUGCAGAGUCAAUGUGUGGGGGCACCGGCUAGUUGAGGUAGUUGAAGUAAUAUGUACAUGUGGGUAGAGUUAAAGUGACUAUGCAUAAAUAAUUAACAGAGUAGCAGCAGCGUAAAAAGAUGGGGUGUGGGGGCAGUGCAAAUAGUCCGGGUAGCCAAGAUUAGCUGUUCAGGAGUCUUAUGGCUUGGGGGUAGAAGCUGUUGAGAAGUCUUUUGGACCUAGACUUGGCACUCCGGUACCGCUUGCCGUGCGGUAGCAGAGAGAACAGUCUAUGACUAGGGUGGCUGGAGUCUUUGACAAUUUUGAGGGCCUUCCUCUGACAGCGCCUGGUAUAGAGGUCCUGGAUGGCAGGAAGCUUGGCCCCAGUGAUGUACUGGGCUGUACGCACUACCCUCUGUAGUGCCUUGCGGUCGGAGGCCAAGCAGUUGCCAUACCAGGCGGUGAUGCAACCAGUCAGGAUGCUCUCAAUGGUGCAGCUGUAGAAUUUUUUGAGGAUCUGAGGACCCAUGCCGAAUCUUUUCAGUCUCCUGAGGGGGAAUAGGCUUUGUCGUGCCCUCUUCACGACUGUCUUGGUGUGUUUGGACCAUGAUAGUUUGUUGGUGAUGUGGACACCAAGGAACUUGAAGCUCUCAACCUGUUCCACUACAGCCCCGUCGAUGAGAAUGGGGGCGUGCUCAGUCCUCUUUUUUUUCCUGUAGUCCACAAUCAUCUCCUUUGUCUUGGUCACGUUGAGGGAGAGGUUGUUAUCCUGGCACCACACGGCCAGGUCUCUGACCUCCUCCCUAUAGGCUGUCUCAUCGUUGUCGGUGAUCAGGCCUACCACUGUUGUGUCGUUGGCAAACUUAAUGAUGAUGUUGGAGUCAUGCCUGGCCAUGCAGUCAUGGGUGAACAGGGAGUACAGGAGGGGACUGAGUACGCACCCCUGAGGGGCCCCGUGUUGAGGAUCAGUGUGGCAGAUGUGUUGUUAGCUACCCUUACCACCUGGGGGCGGCCCGUCAGGAAGUCCAGGAUCCAGUGGCAGAGGGAGGUGUUUAGUCCCAGGAUCGUUAGCUUUGUGAUGAGCUUUGAGGGCACUAUGGUGUUGAAUGCUGAGCUGUAGUCAAUGAAUAGCAUUCUCACGUAGGUGUUCCUCUUGUCCAGGUGGGAAAGGGCAGUGUGGAGUGCAAUAGAGAUUGCAUCAUCUGUGGAUCUGUUGGGGCGGUAUGCAAAUUGGAGUGGGUCUAGGGUUUCUGGGAUAAUGGUGUUGAUGUGAGCCAUGACCAGCCUUUCAAAGCACUUCAUGGCUACAGACGUCAGUGCUACGGGUCGGUAGUCAUUUAGGCAGAUUAUCUUAGUGUCCUUGGGCAUGGGGACUAUGGUGGUCUGCUUGAAACAUGUUGGUAUUACAGACUCAGUCAGGGACAUGUUGAAAAUGUCAGUGAAGACACUUGCCAGUUGGUCAGCACAUGCUCGGAGUACACGUCCUGGUGAACAGGUGAAAGCUAUGAUCCCUUAUUGAUGUCAGUUGUUAAAUACACUUGAAUCAGGUUAAAGAAGGAUUCUUAAUGGAUUGUGUAUCUAUGCCAUUUCAGAGGGUGAAUGGGCAAGAUAUAAAAUGUAAGUGCCUUUGAACAGGUUAUGGUAGUAGGUGCCAGGCACAACGGUUUGUGUCAAGAACUGCAACGCUGCUGGGUUUUUCACGCUCAACAGUUUCCCGUCUGUAUCAAGAAUGGUCCACCACCCAAAGGACAUCCAGCCAAAUUGACAAAACUAUGGGAAGCAUUUGGAGUCAACAUGGGCCAGCAUCCCUGUGGAACGUUUUUGACACCUUGUAGAGUCCAUGCCCCUACGAAUUGAGGCUUUUCUAAGGGGAAAGGUGUGGGGGGGGUGCAACUCAAUAUUAGGAAAGUGUUCUUAAUGUUUGGUAUACUCAGUGUAUAUGCUCCACGAAGAGUCUAGUGAGGAAUUAUUGAUAGAGUUGGGACUUAGUGACAAAGUGAGGACCCAUAAGUCUAUUGUGAGGAAGGUAAUAUGAAUUAAUUUAAACUAUUCCCUGGCCCAUAGCUGGCCUCCCCCAACAUGAGUAAAAUAAACGUUCCAAAUUAUAACACAUUGAAUGCUAGUAAUUAGCAUGUAGUUUAGGGACUGUCAGACCAUUGACUCACUGAGGUCAAAGCUUAGGGAACUAGUUGGCUACAGGACCAGGUCAGAUGUGCUCCAAGAUUGUCAACAUUGUCCAUCUGUUCAACAUUCAAUAAAUCGGUGAAAACAAGUCUUUUUGAUGUCUCCAGCGGACUGCUUAUUGGCACCUUGAGAGUCCUCCAUCUUGACUGGCACUUGAAUUAACCCCUCCUCAGAUUGACAGCUCUGUGUUCUUUCCCCCCUGAACAGGUUAGUUAACCCUCUCUCAGCUUGUAGAUACUAGUACAGUGGGCUAGCUGGUAAGGGUUACUAACCUCCCACCUCCCCCUUUCUGAGGUAGUCUUCGAGUAGCAAUAGAUGCUGGUAGUUCCCAGCUCCUCCAUCCCUCCUCCCCUCCCUCCCCCUCUCAGCGCAGGUGGGGAGGGAGGAGAGGAUCCAGGGGAGAGAGAGAGUCUGUGGCAGGGGCCUGCCUGCAUUUCAUCCUGGGCCUGGUGAAAUGGCUCUGUCCCCGGGGUUUGGAUUAGACAAAGCGCCGGUGCUCAUUUGAAGUGAUUGUGAUGAGAAUAUUUAACACAGGUCAAAUACAGAUAACACCACUCAUGCAGAGACGGGGGAAUAACUUACCCUCUCCUUCAUUCACUCACUCACACAAGGCUCAGGACUGGAUGAGUGCACCUGCAAUAAAUGAGAUAUUUAUGUUCUUGGUUACUGUAUUUUACUGUGUGCUUUUUACCUGGUAUUCACUUAGAAGUUCCACUUAGGAAUUCCAUGUAAAUUGGUAAUUAUUAAACUUUUUGCAACAUAAUGAUGUAAACUAGAAACUGUAAAGCUCCAGGGCCAGUUUUUAGAUGUGGACAAUUAUAUUUGUCAGUAGCUAUUGAUUCACACUAGAAACACCUGAUGUGGUGGCUCUUCACAGAAACCAAAUUUUCACCCAUGCAAUUAGCUACAUAGGAAACCAAUAGACCCUAAAUCCACCCCUGACUAAAACCAGGCUCAGUUUUAUUAAAAGUGUCUUCUCUUGUUAGUUUAAACAACUUGACUCCCAGGUCUCACUCACUUUUACCUGACCAGCUCCUGCAGCCAAUCAAGCAACACUAAAACCCUCUUGCUAUUUUAUUUUCGGCGCCACGAAUAAUAACGGACAAAAACAUUUAUCACGUUUACGUCCAGCGCCACGUACAAACGUAACCAGCAAUCAGAGCUGUGAUGAGGUGGGAGACAUCAGGCUGCUGAGGCAGAAGGAAACACGGCUGCGUGGCUCCGCAGACGCGCCGAGCGGCCAUGUUGUUGUUGUGCGUUGAUAAUUUCUCCAAUCAGGUGGACGGGGAAGCUCGCAGGGUUAAUUGGGAGCACGCUGGAGCUGCCUCGCAUGUAAAAUCGUAUUUAUGGCGCGUCGAACCGUGAGGUCAGUGUGUGUGUGUGUGUGUGUGUGAGAGAGAGAGAGAGAUGAAUAAGGAGGUGUGCAUGCUAUAUGUCUGUAAUUGUUAGCCAGACUUCUCAGUUGGUACAGACAAAAGGACUGGAAAACACAGCGACUUCUUUUCUGUUGAUGCCAAUGGAUUUUCUCCUAGUUAUUAGUUAAGCUAAACGUUUGGUAUUCAUGAAUGCACAUUAUGUGAUGUGUGAUCGAAUGGCAAUUUCCAUCAUAAGAAGUUACACAAGAUCACAGUGCGAAGUCAAGUGCCAUGCUAUUGUCCUUUUCUGUGUUUGUCUGAAUCCCGGCUUGAGUGUUCUGUAGUAGACCCUCUUUUUGGUAUCCAUCAAUCUCCAUCUCCUUCCCAUAUUCACCUAAACAUAUAGGCCCUUAUAUAAUAAGGGUUCCUCUCACUCCCUCCUGUAUAUCCCCUCUCCUGCCUUUAACCCUGUUUUGCCCCCUCUCUUCAGGAGGGAGCUGUUAGUGUUAGCUAGCCUAACGCACCUCCACCACCACAGCAGCAGUAGAUAGGCUUUGGUUUAUACAAGUGGCCCCAGGGCUACAGUCAGCCAGCCAGCCUGCAGAGGAAACGGAGAGAGGAGAGGGGGGAUAAUGUGGGCACUGGCGGCCCACGUCUCUCAGGCAGCCACACAGAGGAGAGGAGAGCCAGGCAGCCCCAGCCACGCGCUGAAGGCCUCCCGCUGGGCAGGAAAUGUAGGGGAACUGCCUAAGCGGCUAGGCCCCAUCAGCUCCCCGCUGCUCGCCGGCUUUACACCACUUCCUUAUUACGGUGUUUACCGUUCGCCUUUCACGCCUCUCUGGUCCUCAGCCCUGCGCCAAGCGUCUGUGAGAGAGAAGGAGAGGGGGAAAGGAAGUGGGGAAAUAAAAUAAACAUGGUGGAAAGCAGGUCACACCCUCCUUCCGACAGUGGCUGAGCGAGUUCCAGAUUUUCACAGAGAGCGAGAGAGAGAGAGAGAGGGGGAUUGUUAGUGAGCCAACUGAAUGAAGGGAUGAAGUAAUGUGAUGUAUUGCAUUAUGGAGCACCCUGCAUUAAAGAGCAGGGCUGCCCCAAUCACACAUACAUACACACUGACACACACACACACACACACACACACACACACACACACACACACACACACACACACACACAAACUCUACUGCAAGCACUCAGCACAGUCAUAUAUCACAAUUUGUCACCUCUUUAUUUUAUUGGAUUCAUUUAAUACAUUAUUUCUAGUCAGGCAGGGGGUGUCAGGUGGGUAGAGUGCUUUUACUCCUGACAGCAGGGAUACACACUACAGUAAUGAAGUACUGACUGACUACACACACAGACUGAAACAUCACCACAGACAGAAACAUCACCACAGACUGAAACAUCACCACAGACUGAAACAUCACCACAGACUGAAACACUGAAAUCACAGGGAAGGAAAAAGAAUACUCAGAAAGGACCAAAUGUACUGUACCAAGCGCUCUCUGUUAAUGUAACAUUUGGAGAGAUAUAAAUAAAUAAAGGAGUUGAUAUAACCACCUCAGACAAGUCUGGGAGGAAAAACAAAGUCGGGAAGUUUAGGUUUGUGUGACUGUCUGCAGUGAUCGGCCAGAGGCUAGAGUACCGUAGCUAAGCGUAGCAUCGACAUUGAGGUUCUCUGUCGUCUCGUUGGGUACGGUACGUCAGCACCCUGGGCCAACAGGAUGGCCUUUAAGCCUGGUUAAGCAGGGCUCUUCUCCCCCCUGUCCCCCUCACCACCCCAUCCCUUCCCACUCCCAGAGCAAUGAGUAUUGACAAGUGUAGGCCUGGGCCCCUCCAGGAGAAUACCUAGCUGUGCGCUAAGUGCUAAUCUAACAUUUAUCAAAGCAGAGGCCACGUAUGUAUCCUGUCACACCACUCAACACCACACAGGCCUUCCGUCCCUGUCACACUAUUGUUCCCUGUUGUUGUUAUUAUUCAUCACCACUAGAUAGAGCUUCACAGUGAAGAAAUGGAGUGAACAGAUCUAGGCACUCCCCCCCUUAGGUUUCCCCCCCAUCGUCCUUCUCCACUCUCCAAGGCGAGAGGUUGGCUGUUGAUACACAAUUAGGCCUUAGCUAAAGUUUAAUCUGGAGGUAAGUGGCGCAGGCGUUCAUGUAGCUGGCGGAUUGGGUCGCGACGGGUUCCUUUAUCGAGGGGGACAAAGAGGCCGCUCGUCGGCUCUUGUCAAUGAUUUUUUGUGUGACUGAAUUACAAAAUAAAGUGUAUGUAACCUGUUAUUAUUCUGCACUUACGAAGUGGGGUGUAAGUGGAUGAAAAUUGAUCCAGCAAAUUGAAAAGGGGGUUAAGUGUUUUUGCCCUAUCGACUCCAGCCGAAAUGACUUGUAUAAAACGCUCAUUUCUCUCCCAUUAGCAGAUGAGGGCCGCAGCCAAGUAUUAUUUGAGGGCUACAUUGUGCUGCGAGCUGGCAGAAGACAUUUUGUAGCUGAUAAUGGCCCACUGACACCGUCUGGAGGGGGAAAACAGAUUUGAACUCUGCAAAUGUAAUCAUUUGAAGCCAUCACAGCAGUUUUCUGCUAAAUGUCUAACGGUGAUUGGUGAAUUAGUGUGAAAUGGCCACAACCUGAAUCAUGAUCUUCUUUGAAACGGUGAAAAAGGCUUAUUUGAAAGAAGCUGUCAUGUUAUCAGAUGGACUUCAAACACAUUAUAUGUGCUGUUAUUGAUGGAUAGCUGUGUCGGCAUCCAUAUAAGUAUGUUUGACAAAUGAUUAUUGUCCGUACCCUGGUAUAUAACCCAGGCUCACCUUUCAAUCUCCAAUCUUCCUCAUGUUCCUCUCAGACACCUGGCAUAUGCUUUCUCUCAGGUAUUGGAUAUUCAAAUCAUUCUCUUUUUGAUAAAAUGUGCAUUGUCUCAAAUAUAAAGGGCACCUUUCUGUAUUGCAGGAGGAACCAUUCGGGGAGCAAGCGAUUCAGAGUGGACCCUUGGUGGUUACCGUGGUCCCCUCCUUACCCAGGGGCGCGGCUGUGGAACUGCAUGUCAUCGCUGCCCACGACGACCCCAGACACAGGACUACCUGCCACAUGACCACUGAGGUGGCGUGUGGAACCAUAGAAUGUCAUGCCAUGCUGUCCAGCGAUAGCCAGUGUGCCACUGUAUCCCUGGCCCUGAUGGUGCCCACCUCUGCGCCAGCUGUCUCAGGGGUGGAAGGGGAGAUACUGGGGGCACUGGUUGCUACACUUCAGAGUGCCAUGCAGAAGAUGGGUGGUGGUGGGCUCUCUCCACUGUGUGCCAGGGUGUUCUAUAAGGGUAACAAUGCUCUGGCUGGACAGCUUGUAACAGGUAGGUAA